AUUAUAAAUGAAAAAUUAAAAUAUUUGAAUUAUAAACAGAAAUAAUACCAAAAAAUGUAUUUAAAAAUAUUAAAAUAAAUAGUUUUUUAACAUUUUUUUCAAAAUAAAUUUUUUUAAAUGCUUAACUAAUAAUAAUAAACAAAUAUUGAAAUAGAAUUGCAAAUAAUAUUCUUAUUACCUCAUUGAAGGAAACGGAAUAAUAAAAAGAAAAAAUUUAAAAUAUGAAUUUAACAAUUUGGUUAGCCGGAAGUUUCUCUGUGUUAUUUGGAUUAAUUUGGUAUUAUCCAACAUUCUUAUAUAUUUUCCUAUUUGGAUUAUAUUCUUUAAUUUUAGUGUCUGCAGCUGUAACUUCUACUCUGUAUUUACAACAUGUUAUUUCAACGAAACCAAAAACGAAAGAUCAUCCUCAAAGAUUGAAUGUACUUUACAACGCUACUAAAUCAAGCAUUUUUGACCCACCAAAUCCAAUAAGUAAUCCUAAUAAUUUGCCUUUAAUUUUUGGACGCACUGUUGAUUUACAGCUUCAACAAUUGAUUGAAUUUUCUUUAAAAGAUUUUGUUACACCAUGGCUAAAGCAAGUAGUAACAAAACCUAAAAAUUUAAGCGAUGUACUCCGCGAGGACAUUUGGAAUGGAAUACAAAAGUUACGUGAAAGAUCAAUUAAAAUUGACUCUCCUAAAGUUAUAGCGGUAGAUAUGGUCAAUCGUAUAACAGUUCAUCUAGAAAAAAUACGUAUUACAAAUUCUAGAGCUCUUGAAACUGGCACAACUCCAAUGUUUGCAACGAACUCAUAUUUACAAAGUGAAGAAAGAGAAUUAGAGUUUCUGAGAAAAUUAACAGAAAUUGUUAUUAUUUUUUUACUGCCGAGAGGAUACUCUUUAUCACCUUUGAAAAUUCUUUUAAGUGAAAUUCUUUCGUAUAAAAUAUUUUUCCCGAUGAUUAAAAUGAUAACGUCACCAGAUUAUAUUAAUCAAAAAAUUGUACAAUAUAUAGAACAGAGACUUGCUGCACAAGCUAUGAAUAAAAGAACACAUGAGUAUGCUGCAAGCUUUGAGGAUAUUUUAAAAAUUAUUCAAAAUUCAACAAAUACUGAUGAACUUUUACAUAUAAGAACAAGUAUUAUAAAUGAUUUAAUGCAUGCUACAACAAUGCAAAACCUACAGAGAUCUAAAGGUUUAGAUCCAGAUAAAGAAGACAAUUGCUUAUCUAGAUCUGAGGUUUCGGCUGCCUUACGUCUUAAAAGGUAUGUUCAGCAAUUAACAUUCGCUAAAUCGCAAUGUGAAAAAAAUUUAUCAAAGUUUGGAUGGGAUGGCCAUUUUACUAACGAUUUGAAUCUAUCACUUCUUGAUAUUUUAUCAACCGUAGUUGGAAGAAGAUAUCUGACUUUAUUUUUAGAACCACUAAAAGCUAGCGCGCUGGUUGGCUAUUAUACGGCGGUUGAAGAGUUGAAGCAUUCUUCAAAAUUAUCUUGGCAUCAAUUAGGGGCUGAAAUUUUUUACACAUAUAUACGUGUGCCAAUGUCAGAGAUUAAUAUAGAUAAAAGUGAUCGAAAAAAAAUUGAGACAUUUUUGUUGGGCGAUACAGGUCCAGAUGUCUUCUAUGAUAUUCAAAAAAAUAUUUUCAAAACUUUAGAAGAAAAAUACUACCCACCAUUUUUAUUAAGUGACCAGUACCGUCAACUAAAAGAUAAUUUAACAUCGGACGAUUUCAAGGACAUUUCUAAUUUUGUGAAUGAAAGUCAAGAUGAAAAUCAAACUACCUCUUUAGAAACAGAGUGCACAACAAUGGAUUUUACAAAUCAUUCUAGUUAUGCGAGAAAUAAACUUGAGCAAUUACAUGAACGUUUAGAAAAUAAAAAUCAGGCAUUUGAAGCCUUGAAAUCUUCUGUUAAGCCUGAAUCGAAAGUAUUGGGCAUAUUAGAAAAAGAGGUUGAAUGGUUACGUGGUGAGAAGAGACAGAUUGAAGCACACUUGCUAAGAACUGAAAUUUGGAGUGAUUAUUUAGGAAAGUGGAAAGCUGAUAUACAAAGUGUAGAUAUCUCCGAAGAUAAAGAUGUUCCACAAUUUAUGAUUUUGGUACAUGUUAAUCAAGAUAUUCAUUCAUCUGCAAAUGGAACGCAUCAAAAUGGGUAUAAUGAUUCAGAAAACAUAUCCACGGGUUGGGUUGUAUUAAGAUCUCUAACACAAUUUCAUGAAUUACAUAGAAAAUUACGACCUCUAAGCCAAGAACUAAAAUCUUACGAAUUGCCAACAACGUUCAAAUUGUUUUUCUUGAAGUCUGACAAAAAUUCUUUAGAAAAAGCCAAAGCACAAAGCCAAAAAUAUUUAAAUUUCAUUUUGGAAGAUGAACAUUUAAGUCAAAGCGAAGCUAUAUAUACAUUUCUUAGUCCAUCAUCGGAGCAUUUGAAGUAUUCAACACCCUCACCAAAAAAAUCAAAAUUUUCAUUAUCAACCUUAUUUAAAAUUGAUUCCAGUAAGUCGGAUUCCACUAAUAAUAAGGAUCCUUUCUGGGGUGGCCUAUCUGGUUGUCGUGAAGAUGAUGACUUAUCUAUAUAUUUGGAUAGUUCUAAUUCAAAUGACACUGAUGGCAAGUUUCAUAUUGACAUCGAUUCUAAGGAUUCUAUAGCUGAACCACUAUACGCACUAAUGAGUGAAAUUUUUGAUAUGGGUGGUUUAUUUACUUGGUUACGAAAGAAAUUGAUCUCUUUUGUUCAAUUAACUUAUGGUAGAACAAUAAAUCGUCAAAUUAGGGAAUCAAUAUCAUAUUUGUUUGAAGAAUCAAUGUUACAUUUUUAUGUGUCGACAGCCUUAAAAUCUUUUUGGCCUGGUGGUAUUUUAGCAUCAAGUUAUCCGGUUAGAUCAGAUGAUAUGAAAGAAAUGACAACAAAUGCGGCUAAAGCACUACUAGCUGAUAACAUUCCUGAAGUAUUAUGUAAUUUACUGGGAGCGCAAACCGCUAAACAUGGAAUUUUUAAGGUAUUUGAUGCAUUACAAAAUCCAAUGUACAACAAACAACUCUUUUAUGAAUUCAUAGAAAUUUUCAUGUUAGAAUUAUUUCCAGAGAUUAGGCAACUAAAACCCACAAUUCCAAAAACAAAUUCAAAUCUUAAACAAUAAAUUCUAAAUCAUUAGGAAUUGUUGUUUCAAUUUUAUCGGUUCGUAUUAAGUUGUUUAAGAAUAAAAUUCCAAGUUGUGAAAAAUUUGGUUCCUUUUCAUUAUAAAUACAUAUAUCUAAUAUAUUAAUGAUAUUAUUAAUAUAUUUUAUUGUACAAUUACGACUUUCGUGAAGAUAAGAAUAUCAUUUCAUUAUUUAUUUUGUUCUUUUAUAUCAAAAUUAAGACCUUCUGUAAGCAACAGAUAGUGUUUCUAUGUUUCUAAUAACUUAAAUCAUGUAUUGAAUUUAAAGGUCAAAACUAUUGAAAAGUGUUAAUGAAAUAUUUUGUAUAACAUAUCAUAAAAUAUUUUUCAAUUUUAAUACG